GCACAUUUCACGAUAGCCUUUAUCAUAAAACAUGAGGGUUCUAGGCUGAUGGCAAAUCGUCCGAAGCUUGACGAGAGCAGCGCAAGCCUUAGCAAGAGGCUGAAGUAGCCUUAGUACCUUUACGUUCUUUUCUCUUCGUCUGCCCGCCCGGUCCUUUAAGUUCACUCCACAACGAGGCUGUGGAGACAAGGCAUUGAAUUACACCGGCCGCCGAAAAAAGGGAGAGCCAGCGGGAUAUGCAUGCGGAGGAAAUCCGCGCCGUAACUGAAAUGCGUUCAAGAUUUAUCUUUGCCACCUUCUGAAUGCACAUACUGUUAUCGAAAUGCCCGGUUGGAAGAAGAAUAUCCCCGCGUGCCUCCAGGCUGACCAAGAAGGAGAUGAGGGGCCGUACACGAAACACUCCAACUCCUCCCGGCCACCUGAUGGGGCCCUGGCCAUCAGGAGACAGAGUAUCCCAGAGGAGUUCAAGGGCUCCAGCCUGGUGGAGCUGAUGAAGAAGGAGGGCACCACGCUGGGCCUCACCGUGUCCGGCGGCAUCGACAAGGACGGCAAGCCCCGCGUCUCCAACCUGCGCCAGGGAGGCAUCGCCGCCAGAAGUGACCAGUUGAACGUCGGCGACUACAUCAAGUCGGUGAACGGCAUCAACCUGACCAAGUUCCGGCACGACGAGAUCAUCAGCCUGCUGAAGAACGUGGGCGAGCGAGUGGUGCUGGAGGUGGAGUACGAGCUGCCCCCUGUCUCUGUUCAAGGCUCAGGGGUGAUGUUCAAAAAUGUUGAGGUGACUCUACACAAGGAAGGCAACACCUUUGGAUUCGUUAUCAGAGGUGGUGCCCACGAAGACCGGAACAAAUCCCGUCCCAUUGUCAUAACGACCAUCAGACCAGGUGGUCCAGCAGACAGGGAAGGCACCGUUAAGCCUGGCGAUCGGCUGCUGAGCAUCGACGGCAUCCGUCUCCAUGGCACCUCGCACGCCGAGGCCAUGAGCAUCCUCAAGCAGUGCGGCCAGGAGGCCACGCUGCUCAUCGAGUACGACGUGUCAAUCAUGGAGUCAGUGGCCACGGCGACAGGUCCUCUCCUGGUGGAGGUUGCCAAGACGAUGGGCUCCAGUCUGGGCGUGGCCCUCUCCACCUCCAUGUACUGCAACAAGCAGGUCAUCAUCAUCGACAAGGUCAAGCCCGCCAGCAUCGCCGACAGGUGCGGGGCGCUGCACGCGGGCGACCACAUCCUGUCCGUGGACGGGACCAGCAUGGAGUACUGCACCCUGGCCGAGGCCACCCAGCUGCUGGCCAGUGCCUGUGAGCACGUCAAGAUGGAGAUCCUCCCCCAUCACCAGACCAGGCUAGCCCUCAAGGGCCCAGAGCAUGUUAAGGUCCAGCGGAGUACGCGGACACUUCCCUGGGAGUCCAGUGCCAACAACAACAGCAACUUCCUCCCUUACCAGCACUAUAACACCUACCACCCUGACCAGUCCACCCGGAGCCAUGCCAAGCAGCAGAAAUCCUCUCCAAACAACCCCCCUCUUGGCUCGUCCUUCUCUCCCACCUCCAUGAGUGCGUACAGCCUGAGCUCGCUCAACAUGAGCACGCUGCCGCGCAACAUGUACCCCACCAGCCCCCGCGGCACCAUGAUGAGGAGGAAGCUCAAGAAGAAGGACUACAAGAGCUCCCUGUCCUUGGCUUCGUCCACGCUGGGCCUGGCUGGACAGGUGGUGCACACGGAGACCACGGAGGUCACGCUGGUCAGCGACUCCAUCAUGGGCUUCGGAAUCCAGCUGCAGGGCGGCGUCUUCGCCACGGAAACACUGACCUCUCCGCCGCUCAUCGCCUACAUCGACCCCGACAGCCCUGCCGAGAGGUGCGGCAUCCUGCAGAUCGGAGAUCGUAUCCUGUCGAUCAACGGCAUCCCGACCGAGGACAGUACGCUGGAGGAAGCCAACCAGCUGCUGAGGGACUCCAGCAUCACCAACAAGGUCACCCUGGAGAUCGAGUUCGACGUGGCAGAGUCUGUCAUCCCCAGCAGUGGAACGUUCCACGUCAAACUACCCAAGAAGCCCGGGGUGGAGCUGGGCAUCACUAUCAGCUCUCCAUCUAGCAGGAAGCCGGGAGAUGCCCUCAUCAUCUCAGACAUAAAGAAGGGCAGUGUUGCUCACAGGACUGGGACUCUGGAGCUGGGCGAUAAGCUCCUGGCCAUCGAUAACAUCCGUCUGGAGAACUGUCCCAUGGAGGACGCCGUGCAGAUCCUGCAGCAGUGUGAGGACCUGGUCAAGCUCAAGAUCCGCAAGGACGAGGACAACUCUGUAGAUGAACAGGAGGUCUCCGGGGCCAUCAUCUACACUGUGGAGCUGAAGAGGUACGGCGGUCCCCUGGGCAUCACCAUCUCAGGCACCGAGGAGCCCUUCGACCCCAUCAUCAUCUCCAGCCUCACCAAAGGCGGCCUCGCUGAGAGAACGGGAGCCAUCCACAUUGGUGACCGUAUUCUGGCCAUCAACAACAACAGCCUGAAGGGAAAGCCUCUGAGUGAAGCCAUCCACCUGCUGCAGAUGGCUGGGGAGUCAGUCACCCUCAAGAUCAAGAAACAAGGAGACUUGGCGAGUCCGAAGCAGCCGUGCGCGGGCGGCCUGAGCGAGGGCGAGGAGGAGAUCCCGGGCAGCGGGGGCAUCAGCGUCAGCGUCAGCAGCAGCAGCGGCGGCGGCAUCAGCGGCAUCAGCGGGGGCAAGGGAGGGGGCAAGCUGUCGGACAUCUUCUCCACCACCACCACCAUCCCGUCGGUGGACAGCGCCGUGGACAGCUGGGACGGCUUGUCCGCCAUCGACAACACCUUCAGCACCCAGCCUCCUACAGGCUUCCAGGUGUCCAGCUACAGCUUCCACAGCCACGAGUGGAGGAACGCCAAGCCCAGCCGCGGCAGCUUGUCCCCGGGCAACGGCAGCGGAGGCGCCGGGGGUGGAGGUGGAGGUGUUGGCGGCAGCAGCAGCAACCGCGCCCGCACCAACAACAUCCUGCAGGACCUGGGCCUCAGCGACGACGAGUGGGAGAGACCUCUCACCAGCGGAGGCUCCACGCUCCCCACCGGCCUAAUCUCUGACAGCAGGUUCACGGUGGGUCAUGACGGCACGGAACCGGACCAGGAGGAGAACUUCUGGUCACAGGCGCUGGAGGACCUGGAGACUUGCGGCCAGUCCGGCAUCCUGCGCGAGCUAGAGGCCACCAUUAUGUCAGGCAGCAGCCUGAGCCUGAACCACGACCCGGCGCCGACCCGCAGCCACCUGGGACGACAGUCCAGCUUCCAGGAGCGCAGCUCCAACCGGCCACAGUACUCGCAGGCCAACCGCAGCAACACGCUGCCCAGCGACAGCGGCCGCAAGGCCUACAACAUGAGGAAGAUGAAGCAGGAGAUUAAGGACAUCCUGUCCCCUACACCAGUGGAGCUGCACAAGGUGAGCCUGUUCAAGGAGACCGACCUGGAGGACUUUGGGUUCAGCGUGUCCGAUGGUCUCCUUGAGAAGGGAGUCUACGUCAACAACAUUCGCCCUGGAGGCCCAGCCGAGGUCGGGGGACUGAAGCCUUUCGAUAGGCUGCUGCAGAUAAAUCACGUACGGACCCGAGACUUCGACUGCUGCCUCGUCGUCCCGCUGAUCGCCGAGUCCGGCAACAAGCUGGACCUGGUCAUCAGCCGGAACCCGGUCACCACCCAGCCCACCUCAGACCUGGGUCAGCUGCCCUCGGACGAGCCGGUGAACUGGACGGAGCCGGGCGUGGCGCUGGCAGGGGACGGCGCUCAGCUGGACCCCGACAUGGGGCUGCAGAGCGCUGGACUGGUCGGGGGCGAAGACAGAGACCCUAACAAGACCUUAUAGCAGAGCAGGGCGGAGGACGAGAGUCCAGCGCUCCCCAUGGUGCUAAAAUGUCUGGCGAUCUGUCCCCCCCACUAGCCCCCCCCCCCCCCCCCCCAACCACCAACCCUGAGCCCCUGAACACCACGAGAUCUGAAAUGGUGGGGGUGUCUGUGGGCAGGGGAUAGUGAGCGGACAGUUUGUCUAAGCACAUGUAACACUCCUCCCCCUCUCUGCGAACCUACACACACACACAGACACACACACAGACACACACACACACACACAUAUACACACACACACACACACACAUAUACACACACAUCUACACGCAUGUGUCACAGGUCAGGCCCUCUCUCUCCUAGCACACACCCAGCAUGGAUGUGUUUCUGUCCUGUGACGCCAACUACUGUACAACAACUAUGAUGACGAUGAUGAUAAUGACACUGGAGGAAGACCGCACCGACCUCUUUGGAGUACUGAGACAGACAUUCACAAGCAAACCAGAACUGCAACUGAAACAGUGCCAUCCUUUGUUUUUAUUGGGAAAGGACAAUACUUAAAAAGAAAAAAAAAACACUGGUGAAAAAAAAAUGACAUAAGAGCAAGUGGAUUCUCACAGACGUUUACAUGUACUGUUGGACUGGCCACUCUGUAUGUGUGUGAGGAUUUGUUUGAGUGUGUGUGAACGUGUAUUUGUGUGUGUGUUUGUUUGUAGGACCACACUGUAUAGGCCAGAAAACUAUCCCCACUCUCGUUUUUUAUAAAGAGCAUCUCCUGUUACCCCCUAGCCUCCUCAGUCGCCCCCCUCCCUCCCCCCUUGAGUUCUCAAACUCACAAGUUUUUAUACUCUCCCAGUUUUGUCAGUGAUGAAAACAAAUUAAAUGUAGUGUGGUAGUGGGGAAAAAAAACAAACAAACAAAACCCCCUUUUCUCUCUUCACUUCUGAUGCCAAGGUCCGAGUGCCAACUCUGCUAAUAAAUGGGGUAUGAAGACUGGUAUAGCAUCAGCACAAUAAAGAAGAAAAAAUGGACACGAAUGCCCCCGCUUCCUCCUUUCCGAGAGAUGGAGAGAGAGAGAGAGAGAGAAACAGAAAUAGAGGGAGAUGGAUACAGCGGUGGUCUGUGUAGCUCAGUGAGAUUUGUCACAGCGCGGAGGAACCUCAAUCACUUUACGGUUCCUCCUCAGCCACUAUCCGUUCUAAAGAACUUCCUGAGAUGGUAAUCCUGGCCACUUAAAUCAUCAAUAUUCAAUAGUGGACGCCAAGUAGAUGUAUAGGGUUUGUGUCCUUGUCAAGAGGGAUAGUUCUAGAGCUUCAUAAAUUCCAGAAGCCUGACAAACUGAGGAAAAAAACAGUAGUUGAACAAAACUGAAGUACCAUCUUCUCUCUUUCUUGGAAUUUAAAUUGUGUCUAGACCCUGGACCCAACUUGGGUUGGAGGGAAAUGCCUCCACAGGAUUUGACCCCAACAAAUGUAGUUCUCCACAAACUCUUCCUCAGUCCAAACUAAGUCCUCAGGUCAUCUCAGAGGGCACAAACGCAGGCACACACAGUCUCAGCGUUAACAAAAUUCAUUUUGCCCCUGACUAGGAUGUCGAGUGACUGUUUUCUUCUUUCUGCUAGAAGAGGUGGCACCUCUGCACCUUAUACUAAAUUUGGACAAAGAAGUAUUUUUUAUGAACAGAGGCAGGUUUUUAUGUGACAAAUCUACUCGUGUGCAAUCUGUGAGUGACUUUAGCAAAAGUGAUGGAUGAUGUUGUGGGCAGGUGUUUGUUAACCUGUGAAAACAAACAAGAAAAGUAGUGUGGUCUAGUUGUCUUGCAGAAGUUACCCUUCUGCUCCUCAACUGCUGCUAUAGAAAUAAGUCAUUGAAGCCAGAGGAGGUAAUGUUGCAAACGCUAGCAUCAAACCUCCACUGCAGCCAUAAAAAGCUGGUACGAAGAUAUGAUCGGUGUUGUGUGGUAGUGGUUAUGGGCUGAGUGUCAGCGAACAGGAGCCAAAGGAAAGCUUGGUCUCGUUUUAUAUUAAGUGUUCCUAUAACACCAUAAUAAUUAACAAAACAACGCCUGAUAAGUGCUUCCGCUGUAAGUACACGUGAUUACAUUUCCAACCUACAGUAACCUUAACCCAAAGGACAGUUAGCAAUUAGCAAUUAGCAAUUAACAUUAAACAGUGCAUUGCAACUGUAGUUCUUAAUCAAUUGGAGGUUUAGUACACUGUGUCUUGGGACACUUAACAUAAAGGACGGCACGAAAUAAAGACCUCUCUCCCUUCCCCCUGCAGAAGCACAACUAGCACUGGCUCAGUGCCUCCAGCUCACCACCAGGCCAGCUUCUUUACACAGUAGUGCAGAUAGGUAGAAGAAACACAAACCCUGAGAUAACUGUAGCUUUCAGAGGGAGAGAGAGAGAGAUUGCAAAGGCCCAUGGGUAAUAUGGGUAAUGUGGUACUCUAGCUGCUGAAGAAACAUAGAAGAGGAA